AUGAUAAUCUAUGGCUGGCCAUCAGGUGUUAGCUAUUCUCAUUGGCAGUUCUGGUCAGACCGAGGUCUCCACCACAUAAUGCAUGAGCAGAAUGUGUCUCACGUCUUUCUCCUGGGCUUUCAAAAUCUUCACAACCAUAACAGCUUAUUGUUCUUGUUACUGCUCCUCAUUUACUGUGUCACCAUAUGCGCUAAUGUUAUUAUAAUUGUAUUAGUUUCAAUGAACAAAAUUCUCCACUCUCCAAUGUAUUUCUUCAUAUCACAGGUGUCCUCCCUGGACAUUCUGAUGACCACAGACAUUCUCCCUAACUUGCUACACCUUGUCCUGCAUGAUGGUGCCUCCAUGUCUCUUGUUGCUUGUUUUUCACAGUUUUUUGUGUUUGCAAACUCUGAGACAUCAGAAUUACUCAUCUUAACGGUGAUGUCUUAUGACCGAUAUCUGGCUAUCUGUAACCCACUGCGAUAUAACACUAUCAUCAAUAAAGCAUUUUGUGUAAAUUCUGUCAUUGCCUCAUGGUCACUAAGUUUCUUGCUGUUGUUGAAAAAUGAAAUAGAUAUUUGUAAACUAAGCUUCUGUGGGCCAAAUGUUAUUGACCAUUUCUUCUGUGAUUUUCCUCCUGUUCUAGAGCUUUCUUGUUCAGAUACAUCACUUAUAAAAAUACAGUCAACUUUAUUUGGUAUUAUUGUUGUCAUCUGUCCAUUUAUAGUGAUCAUUGUUUCCUAUGUGUAUAUCAUCACAACCAUCCUAAGUAUCCACUCCAUCAGCGGGAGACAGAAAGCCUUCUCCACCUGCAGCUCCCACCUGUCUGUUGUGUGUAUAUUUUUUGGGACUAUUUUUUCUGUGUAUAUGGUUCCAAACAAAGGACAUUUAUUGGCUACCAGCAAGGUAUUAUCCCUGCUUUAUACUGUUGUGGUACCAUUGGUUAAUCCAUUCAUAUACAGCCUGAGGAAUAAGGACUUCAAUGUAGCUUUUGAAAAAUCAUUUCCUGUUUUCUCACUCAGUAUUCCCCCUCUUUCCCCAGAAGACCAGAAGAUGUGGCAGAAGGAAGACAAAAGUCACCGGGUCAAGCCAGAAAAUGACAAGAUGCUUAAGCCCUUGCUGAAAGUGUGCUCUUGCCAAUAG